AAUGCUCUACUCAGACUUCUAAGUUGUGCCAGAUGUCACGUGGUUAUUCCCAGUCUUCCGUCAAGACUGCCAACGAUUAUGUUGAGAAGGAAACACCUUGUGCCUUACUUGGUCAUUCCACACACAAUGAAAGUAUAUGCCGCAUACGGAAAUACGCAAAGCCUAAGGUUCACAUUUAUAACGGUAUUAUGACCUACAAUCUGCCUGCUUGUAGUAACUCCAAUGGAUUUUGAUGUUCCUUUUUUCCUUCAUUGAUAAACUAAACAAAGAACAACAGUAGAAUUAAUUGGGAAACUUUUGAAGCCUAAGUGAAAUUAUCAUUCCAAAACAUAAUUGAGAUUCAUUCCGAAAUAUAAUGGCUAGAUAAUAAUCAUUAGUAUGCCUAUAUGCCAUUGCUAUGGAACAAUAAAUUCACGGAUAUAUUUUGGUGGGUUACACCUGGGUAUGUAUAGUCAAAUACAGCUUUGCCUUUUUUACCAGUAAACAUUGGACUACAAAAGUCAAGUCAUCGAGUACACCCCAGGUAAAACGAUGAGACGCAAAUUUUCCAUAUCAAUUCUUGAGAAGCAACAGAGAAUAAGAUGGGAGAAAAGCUUAAGACUAAUAUAAGCACCAUAGUAUGCCUAAUACCAAAUAGUAACUACCCUCAAGCAACGAAACUAUCCCUUUGCGGAUAAGGAAUCCUAGUUCCACGCCGAAAAUCCCCGCAUCUUCCUUUCGAAAGUUACCAAACAAAGAAAGAGGCCGUCUUAAACGACCACUAGAAAGGUAGGCAGUCUCUUGCUCGAUGCGAACGCAGCACGAAUGACUAUCAUGGCAUCUGUCUAACCUUCACCAGUUGGCUUUCAGACCUCAUAGGAUGUGCAAGUCUCAAAGAAAUAGACUGUUGUUAGUUUCCUUGUUGUUUUUUAUCCCAAUUCUUGCCGCAAGUGAACAUCGGUAUCACGGAUCAGACCAUACUAUUACCGGCUUAUUUAAAUUCCUGUUCAACAUUCCGUACAGAUGGGGGCAAAAUCUGCUGGACAAAACGCAAUCGAAUUCAAAGAAAUUGAUUGAAGACAACAGGGAAACAGCAGAAUUGUCUGCACUGGCAGAACUGAAGAGGUCAAACAAUUUAGAAUUACCAAGCAGGACUAUUGAAAGCUCAAUAGUUGCAAAUGAAGAUUUACAGGUAUCACAUUUUAGACCAUUUGCUGUACGGGAGAACCGACAAGGAAACGGUUGCGUCUGUAUACCAAAUCCAGAAUGUUUAACCACUUGUUCAGCACUGGAAAUUCAAUGUGGACAAACUUGUACUCGCGUUACCGUUUACACUGCUUGCUUUGUUCAAGGACCUGUAAAUGAACCUCCAUUUUUGUCAACAAGUGUAACAACCUACAACAAUAAUUGCAUCACCGGCAAUUGCUUGGCCAACUAUGUGCCUCCUGUAGCGAUAGUAGUAGGUGGUAUGGUAGCAAUAGCUUUAGCUGUUGCAAUUCCGCUCGGUAUUGAUCCACCGCCGGUUGAGCGUAUUCCACCCGAACCGAUCGCCGACUUUUUAGUUAUCGAAGAUAAGAUUCCUUUCAACAAUCAGCCAUUUUUUGAAAAAGACUUUCAUCCGGACGGAUGUGGAAAUAAUUCCGUGCAGAUGGAAAUUGGGGAUUUGAAUAGGAAUUUGAAUCGGAAUAGAUCCGGUGAUGGAAAUAGACCUAGUGAUGAAAAUUGCGAGCCGCUUUUGAGAAGAGGAAAUUGCCGCAGUCCACAAUACUGGGUCACCGUAAAUCCCACUACAUUGAAGGGACGUUGCACUCCACGUCUUUGCGGUCGGGAACGAGUGUUCGUUGGUCGUGAUGGACUUUGUCACGAUAUUUACGAUCCAGGCGAGUGCCAAGGUGGCCGGCGACUUUACUAUUCUCCUUUUGGAGAUCCCAUCUGCGAUUGUCCAAUCGGAGAAUACCCUUUUCCGAACUCCGAAGACAAUUGCGUUGCACUUUUCACCCAAGGACCCUGCAGAGAUGGAAGUAUAGUGGGCAUUAGUUCACAGAGUCAAUUGGUUUGCAUGCCAUCCAAAUGUCAAUCAACCAACGUUGGAGAUAAACCUCUACAGUUGCUGCCAGCCGAGGAUGGACAAUGCUACGCUCUAGGAACACAGGGUCCCUGUUCACCCCCCUCUUUGUUGGGUUAUGACAUCUUCAAACGCCAAAUGGAGUGUGUCAAUGUUCAAAACGAUACCUCGCCCUAUUUCACUUCUCCUGAAGAAGAGGCACUGGUCGAUAGCAUCUACAACCAGCGCUCUCCGGACUUUGACGACUUACGAAUUUCAAUGGUCUUUAAAAGUCCAGUAGGAACCAACGACAUCGGCCAGCGUAGGCAAGGUGCUACCACUGGUGGAAUAUUUCAAUUCCCUAGCUUUUCACCGGAAACACUAUUAAAUCCUUGUCGACCUGGAGCUCGAAAGGAGAUGAAUUAUAAAUGCACGAAUCCAUUAGUACCCAAUCCGAAAAGAAGGGAACCGUUGCAAGCUGUUCAGCCGGCAUUUCGGUGUCCGCCAAAUAGAAAUUUGCAAGCAACGGGCAGGUGCGUGACCGAUAAUCGCAGCACGAAUUGUGGACCAUCUUCUCGGUUCAACCCUGCUACUGGACAAUGCCGAAGUAUAUUCUAACGUAAGCGGAAUGUGGUUAGCCUCUAUCCAAAAACGAUACGAUUCUAACGUUGAGAGAAAAAAGAAUGCUUGGCGGACUAGUUCUGAAAAGCUGAAAAGAAGAAUCAAAACACCAACCAGCUUUAACCAAACACGACCAUAACAUAAUCUAAUCACUGCAAUAUUUUUUGCAACAUUUCAACGAUGUACUUAUUCUCUCAAUGAAAUUUAUGAUAAUUUUGAUGUAUACCUCAAUGAAAAAGAAAUUGUUGAACAACAAUUUAGAAAUAUUUCUGGUUGCGACUUAUGUUUAGACUAGCGUUUAGUAUUGGUAGUAUUGGUAGGAUUGUGAUAUUUCUGUCUGUUAUGCAACCAAACUUGAAAAAGAAGUAUAACGAAUCCGCCAUUUAGCUUAACGCGUAUCUCCAAAAAAGGACGGAAAUGAUGAAACAAAACUUUCUUUGGCCAGAUUACCACAGUUUUUCCCACAGUAUACAGUAAAUCUCCGACGGAUUCGCAGACAGACAGACAACAUAGCUUUAGGCGUUUGAAUAAACCUUUUGAAACAAUGCCUAGGUCGGUAUGCAAACAUGUGCUUUCAACAACCGCUAUAGUUCAAAAGACAGUCGGCUUAAGCUAGAAAACAAAAUGACAUAGGGGCAUAUAGCGGUGUUUUUACAUCAAAAAUGUAACAUUUUGAGACUUGCCCAUCUCUUCGAACUACACACUAGAACCCGGGAACAUUGAAUACCAUUUGUCGUUAGUUUUACAAUGGAAUCUUUCAGCGACGUACACGUAAAACAAUACCGACUGAAAUGAAAGAAUGUAUACGGAGCAUCUGUCGCAUUUUUGAAUAGGCGGUCUAUACAUUAAAGUUUCCAGAUGAAAUAUGUACAGUCAAUUACGAAUGAAACUUUUGCGUAUAUAACAUCUGCCAUUUUUAAACAGGUGGAAUCUAAGUCAAAGUUUUCUGACUAGGCGACGUAUCUAGCAGUCCAAUGGGAAAAGAAACUGGUUUAAUAAGAUUUGACCCAUACACCAAAAAUGUAACACAGCAUGGGCACAUACAGUCGGUUCGUUCCGCAAGAAAAGGAUGAUGUCCUUUUGGCAGCCUUUUAGAGAUCGUUGAACUUCUAGUCAAUGCCAAGGCCAGUUCUAAUAACUAAUACCGUGCUAAAAAAGAAAUUUAAGUGCUUAUCAUAUGAUGACCUUAUCGUCGUUGAUAGUUUUAUGACUAAUUACAGGUUAGCACUAUGUAACCGAAUAAUGAAACAAAAAUCAUUAAACAAUGCCAA